UUGGUACGAUCGAGUACUUCAGUGACAGUCUAAAGGAAGUAUUCAUUUGUUGAACAAAUUGUUACAGAGGAGUGGAGUGCAGGCAAUUUCUGAAAUCGCUAUUGGCGUGAGAUUUUUCAAGUGGCAGAUCCAAAGCGGAACAGAUUCUGGGAAUACCAAUGGCAGGGAAAGAAAACAAGACAAAAUUCAACAUGGACCCACUGAGGCUUCUUGGCUUCCUGCCUGGUGUUCACGACGCGAUUAAUUUGCAUAAGAAAAUAUUUUACACACUUCUGGUCAGAAGAGGCUUAUCGUACCUGCAUAGGAAAAAACUCGACGUUGAUCCGGACUCCCCAAUUCUCAACGAAGAUAACAUAGAAGAAGCAGAAUACGGAUAUGUACCCCAGGAACAGCUACGGUGGCCAAGGAAUACAAACGGGAAUAUAAGCAACAGACUGACACCGUAUUUGCUCGAAAAGACAAGUCAUCGGAAAAAGGUGUUGAUAGUUGGGGCAGGAAUCUCUGGUCUUGCAGCAGCUUACGAAUUGAAACGUUCAGGACAUGAGGUUACUCUUCUCGAAGGGCAACACCGUGUGGGCGGAAGAAUUAAGACGCUUCAUUUUGAUUUUCAACAAUCCCCAAAACUUCGAGGAGAAGCUGGAGCAAUGCGAAUUCCUCUGAAGAAUCGCCAUUACCUCACUGAUGCUUACAUCGACAAGUUUAAUCUUAAAGAAAAGGACUUUUACAACGUUGAUCCUGAGGGGGAGUGCUUCGUCAGCAUAGGAGGAGAAACUGCGAAAGUGAAGGACUUUGACACUGAUAAGAAAGAAGGAAGAGCUAGAGCGAGGAGAUUGUGUGACAAGAAAUUCCCCGGUUGGGAUAAGUUUAUUGAGGAGAAAAACUUGAGAAAAAAGCAUCGUAUUGAUCAUAUUAUGGAUUACUACAAGUUAACAAUAAACGAAGUCUCUGAUAGUGCACCCAAAUAUAGAAAAGAAGAAGGCCCCGAAGAAUAUGCACGGGCAUGGCGAAAGUGGUUGGAACGUUGGAGCAAAAUGUCUUUUACCGAAUUUCUUUCGUCUGAUCUUGCGUGUGAAGAAGAGUCUCAUAAGACCAAGCCAGAUUUCAGACCUUGGCCUAAAAGAGCAAUUGAUUGCAUUAGAGACGUAAAUUACAUUGCAAGUCCAGAGUUGUCUGUGGCAACCGUCCUGGCGGAGGAAAUAGGCCAAUGGUGGACUCCAAAAAUGAAAACUCUAACGAAUGGUAUGGAAGAACUACCCGAAUCUUUUGUUAAUGAUGCUGCAGACCCAUACUGCUUGGAAAGUGACAUCCGAUAUGGCAUCACUGUUAAAACCAUCGAGUGGCGGAAGCCUGGAGAUGGCAAUCGUAGCUACUCAGUUAAAGUCUCUGGUUGUCAAACCCAGACAAAAAACGAGGUUCAUUUCGAAGCUGAUGCUGUGAUCAUUACCGUUCCACUAAAUAUCAUGCAUCAGCUGAAGUUUAUUCCAGCUCUUCCACAGCACCUGGACGACGCAAUUGGAGAUAUUCAUUACCAACCUUCGACUAAGAUGUUUCUUGGAUUUCGAGAACGGUUCUGGGAAAGAGCCAAUUAUCCCGUGGUAAAUGGAGGCAUAACCAAAACCAAUUUACCUAUCAGUCAAAUUGUGUACCCAAGCAAGACAGAUACAGAUGAACAAGAUUCAGAACGAGGAGUCCUUUUGCUUUACACGUGGAACAGAGAAGCCUUGUCGUUUGGUUCACAGCCGGAAGAUGAAGCAAUUACAGAGGCCUUGCGUGAAAUACAAACCGUUUACGAAGGUCUGCUAUGCGAAGACGAGUCUGCAUCAAUAGUUCAAGACACGUUUGAAGUAGGAGCCGUUCAGUCCUGGUACACCGACCCCACUGCACAGGGAGCCUAUGUUCAUUUACUUCCAUACAGCUAUAUGCAUCAUCUGAAACUCCUCCUAGAACCUAAGGAAAUUUAUCCAAUUUUCUUUGGCGGCGAGGCCUUAUCCUUUGCAAAUGGUUGGAUCCAAGGUGCACUAGAAUCAGGUCUAAGAGCUGCGUGGCAGUUUUACAAGUUUAACGAAGGAAUGUACCCAAACGAGAUAACUUCUGCACCUAAACCCUUCAUUCCUGUACUUAUACCUGUACCAGUGCCUGGUCCCGUCACUCCUGAACCUAAACCUAAACGUAAACCUAGACGUAAACCUAAAUAUAAACCUCUACCUCUACAUCGACCUGAACCAAUGCAUGGUCCCGUCGCUCCUCCACCUGAACCAAAGGAUUUUGACCCGAAUCAUCCUUUCUUUGGAUUAUCAAAAUAUCCUUUCCCAAUAUAG